CGGAGGGACGGGAACUUGAGACGUACAAUAUGGAGUACUACGCCAUCGUCAUCUGAAGUCCCAUCAUCCCUUUCCUUUCUCCAUCCCAUCGCCAUCGCGCAAUGAAGCUGGAUCAAUAAAGCUUCUGGACAUGGAUGGAGGCCACUCCGCGUACACACACACCACUCACACCCCACAAGGCAACCAUUUCUGCCAUCCAUGAAAUCCCCGCAGCCACUCAAGUUGACAGACCCGACGCGCGCAAGGCCCCUGGGCCCUGUCACUUUACAGUCACAUCCACAUGUACAAUUUUUUUUAGUGCAUGAUAGGCCUUGCCGGUACGGAAAACCCCAGAAUGUGCAGGCGCAGUUGCAGAUCCAACAGCCCAGAGAAGGGGAUCCCCAGCCGUGAUCGGGUUUGCCUAUGCCAGAUUCUAUGCUCUCUCAAAUGUAGUCAUCUUGUCAUCCCCUCAUAAUCUAUCUCUCCUCUCCUCUUUCGCCUGGAAAAUUCUGUGCGGUUGGUUUAUCUGUAUUUCGCCAUCUUAUACUAUUCCAACCUUCGAGGCUCUUCAUGUCUACCGGUUGACAUGUGCCCACGAAGUUUACGGCGCAUGAAAUUAUUGAUACAGAUCUGCCUACUCGAGUAACCAACUGCGAGCCUACAUCCAUCAUCAACGAAUUUCCAACCACAAAGUGCGUGUUCUUACGUCUUUGAGGACUUCUAGCACUCUCCAGAAACAUGACGCCUUCCUCAAGUAGAGGCGAACGCAAAGACUCCAAGGCCGGAACCAUGAACGAUGGCGAGAAGAGCAGUCAAUACUCCAAGGACACAUAUCCCUCGCCUCUAUACAGCGCUCGCAGCGGGCCCAGAUACGAAGAAGCCAUUGAACUCCAACAAGGCGUCCCCCAGCGAGUGAUAUCGAGUUUCAAACGGGAUCCUGCGGCGGCUGUGACCCCGCGCGGGGCGAUAGGUGGCAAUGGACGAGUCUACGAUCCGGAGAAUGCGGCGCUUGCGACGGCGAACUCACCGCUGGCGAGGGAAUUAAAGGGGAGGCAUCUCCAGAUGAUUGCCAUUGGGGGCUCGAUUGGGACGGGAUUGUUUGUUGCGUCUGGGAAAGCACUCGAGUCGGGUGGUCCGGCGAGUUUGCUGAUUUGCUUCUCGCUUAUUGGGGUGAUGCUCUAUUGUACUAUGCAUGCGCUUGGGGAAAUGGCGGUGUUGUUUCCGGUUGCGGGGAGCUUUUCUGCGUAUUCGACGAGGUUUUUGGAUCCGGCUUGGGGGUUUGCGAUGGGUUGGGUAAGGCUUUAAAGCAAGAAUGUUUGGAUGGUAACUAAUAUGGAGUAGAAUUACGCGAUGCAAUGGCUUGUCGUACUACCUCUCGAAAUCAUCGCAGCGACUAUCACGAUCAAUUUUUGGGACCUGACGGGAAAAUACGACAAAGCUAUAUUUGUCACAAUUUUUCUGUUCAUGAUAGUAUUCAUCAACCUUUUUGGUGUAAAGGGUUAUGGAGAGGCCGAAUUUACCUUCUCUAUUAUGAAGGUUAUUGCUAUCAUUGGAUAUAUGUAAGCAGGAAAGAAAUUUGGGCUUUCAAUUCAAGCUAACUUUUAUAGUCUACUCGGGAUAGUUCUUAACAUUGGAGGAGGUGUGAAUGGAGGCUACAUUGGAGCCAAAUACUGGCACGAUCCAGGCGCCUUCCACAAUGGUUUCAAAGGACUUUGCAGUGUCUUCGUCACAGCUGCCUUUGCAUUCGCAGGGACUGAGUUAGUUGGUCUAGCAGCAGCCGAGACUACCAAUCCACGAAAAUCUCUACCAACCGCCAUUAAACAGGUCUUCUGGAGAAUCUCGCUAUUCUACAUCCUAUCAUUAACUCUCGUGGGACUCCUGGUCCCCUACAACGACCCUCGCCUCCUCUCUCACGGAAACGCCGAAUCCGUCGCCUCGCCCUUUGUAAUAUCCAUUCAAAAUUCAGGAAUCGAAGUUCUUCCCUCACUUAUGAACCUCGUGAUCCUCUUCUCCGUCCUCUCAGUAGGAAAUUCCUCCGUCUUCGGCUCCUCACGAACCCUCGCCGCGCUAGCAGACCAAGGACAGGCACCUGCGAUCUUCGGGUAUAUAGACCGCAAAGGACGACCCAUCGUAGCCAUCUGCUUCGCCUCCUCCCUCGGCCUCAUCGCCUACACAGCCGGCACCAGCUCCUCAGGCGCCGUCCUCGACUGGAUGCUCGCCCUCUCAGGCCUCUCCUCAAUCUUCACCUGGGCCUCCAUCAACCUGGCACACAUCCGCUUCCGACGCGCCUGGCGGAUCCAAGGGCACACACUCUCGGAACUCGCCUUCGUUUCCCAGUCGGGCGUCGUGGGCUCCUGGAUCGGCUUUUCCUUCAACAUCUCGGUCCUCAUCGCGCAGUUCUGGGUCGGUGCCUGGCCCGUCAACUACGGCGAGAAGGGACCCCAUGGCCAGGUGAAGAAUUUCUUCCUCGCCUACCUUGCUUUCCCGAUUGUGGUCUUUUUUUACUUUGGCUAUAAGCUCUGGUUCCGGACGACGAUUAUGCGGUCGAAGGAUAUGGAUUUGACGACGGGACGGAGGGAGUUGAAUCUUCCUAGUUUGAUUGCGGAGGAGAAGGCAGAGAGGGCGGCGUGGCCGAAGUGGAAGAAGGGGUAUAAAUUACUUUGUUGAUUUUCGUCGUAUUUUGGAUGUGGUUUUCUGGGUUUUUUUGUUUAGAAAGGCUUUCUGGGGUGGUGUUUGAGGUAGGUCACCUCGUGCGUUCUUUUUUUCUUUUGUGUUUUUUUUUUUUGCUGUUGGAUUCUUCUUCUUUUUUUGGUUUGGUGCCUGGUUCUUUUAUAUACCCCCCGAGCAAUCGAUAAAUAGCGUGUGUGUGUGUGUGUGUGUUUCUUUUUUGGAGGGUGGAGUUCUUUGGUCUUAUUGAGUAGGUAGGGAUGGGUAGAUAUAGAGGUGUUAUAUUAUAUAUCGAGUCUUGUUGGUUAUAUAGCGAAGCGAAGUGGGGAUGCGAACUAGGGGAAGCGAUAUAGACUGGUACUGUACUGUAAGACUGGAAGUGGUUUUAUUUAAUCUUACGUAUAUCCAGAAGGGGAUGAGCUAGUGGGUUUAUUGAGUAGAUGAGAUGUUAUGGUGUAGAUGAGGUGAUAAUAUAUACGAAGAAUUGUUCGGUCUAGAUAUCUGGAUUUUAAGAGUGAUUUUAUGGAGAGUGAUUGGAGAGUAAUUGGGGA